GCAGAACGAAAAAAAGGCCCGGCGGCGCGACGCCAUCGUUCGCACGCCGCGUUUUAUCGGUAUAAAUAUUCUGCCGCCGCCCUGUCCCUGAGUUGUACGCGCUGUUUUUUUCCCUCCCUCCCGUUUCCUGCCAGCAGCAGCCCAGCAGUCUCCCUCUCUCAUCUUCCUUCCCCACCUCACCUCAGCUCCUAACCUCCCACCUACCUCUCUGCCCGCCCCCGGCCCUGAUCCUGAUUUCCCCAAUUGAGGCCGGGAGGGGAGGGCACCUGCGCUCGCGGCACCUGCGAAACCGUGUCGCCCGCCUCGCCCAGAUCCGGCGCCGGCAGCCUCGCCCCUUCCCGCGCCAGGGGCAAAGCAGAGAUUUUUUUUUUUUCGGGAGGGAGCCGCGGAGCUCGAGUGCUCGUUCUCGGUUGGUUGCUGCUGCUGCUGCUGCUGCUGAGAGGAGGAGAGUGCGGGAGCCUCUGCACGCGCGCGGGGUGCGUGGGCGUACCAUGAGAAGAUGAUGCGCGCCAGGCCCCGAGGUACAUUCGCGGACGCGAUGAGGGAGAGCUCCCCUCCCGCCGCUGCUGCUCCGGCGGCGGCGGCGGCGGCGGUGAAGGAGGACGAGUGGGAGGUGCGGCCCGGCGGGAUGCUGGUGCAGAAGCGGAGCCCCGACGCGGACGCCCCCGCGGGGGCGCUCGUGUCCACCAUCCGCGUCAAGGUCAAGUUCAACGGCGUCUACCACGAGAUCUACAUCAACGCGCAGGCCUCCUUCGGUGAGCUGAAGAAGAUGCUGUCGGCCAAGACGGGGCUGCACCCGGAGGACCAGAAGCUGGUGUACAAGGACAAGGAGCGGGACUCCAAGGCCUUCCUCGACAUGGCCGGCGUCAGGGACCGCUCCAAGAUGGUGCUGCUCGAGGACCCCGCCGCACAGGCCAAGCGCCUCCUCGAGCAGCGCCGCACCGACAAGGCCGAGCGCGCCGCCAAGUCCAUCUCCCGCAUCAGCCUCGACGUCGACAAGCUCGCCACCAAGGUGUCGGCGCUGGAGACCAUCGUGGGCAAGGGCGGCAAGGUGGUGGACGCCGACGUGGUGACCCUCACCGAGGCGCUCAUGAACGAGCUGGUCAAGCUGGACUCCAUCGCCGCCGACGGCGAGGUCAAGGUGCAGCGGCGAAUGCAGGAGAAGCGGGUGCAGAAGUACGUGGAGACGCUGGACGCCAUCCGCGCCAAGAACGCGGCGGGGACGCCCAGGGCCAACGGCAACGGCGCCGCGAACGCGAACGGGCACGCCAAGGCCCGCGCGCCGCACCUCCCGCCGCGCCCGCCGCCCGUGUCGCAGCGGCGGAACUUCCAGCAGCAGCCCGCGCCGGCGGCCGCCGCCGCCGCGGCGCCGCCCACGCAGAGCUGGGAGACGUUCGACCUGCUGUCGUCGGUGCCGUCCACCUCCUCGGCCGGCGUGACCACCACCAUGGCGGCCGCGACCACCACGUCGCCGGCGGCCGCCACGGCCUCCCCGAUCCCGCGGUUCGACUGGGAGCUCUUCUGAGGGGGGGAGGCCGCGCGUUCCGGUUGGUCGAUCAGACGGUACAUCCUUUUGUCCAUGGAUCCUCCCUGCUCCGAUCAUUAGCGCCAUUGUUUCUCCUGUCGAUUCUUUCCAUUUCUUUUUCCUCUCCCUCUUCUUCUUCUUCUUCCAUUUCCUUUCGAUUUGUAUAUCUAUAUAUCUACAAACGAACAGAGACCGACGCCGGCGAGUGUGUUCAGUGAGUCAAGUCCCCGUCCGUUCACAAUCCUCCUCCCACUCUUCCUCCUCACGAGGAUCGACCGACCACCUAUCCAUCCAUGUUCAGUCACAGCAAAAUAAGCGGCGGUCUUCUUAUGACGACGACGACGACGACGAAGAGGAAGAAGAAUAAAUUUUCGUGACAACAUGUAUACACACAUAAAUAGCAUGUAUAUUUGGCUCGCUCAUACGCUCGUGUAUGAUUACGAUGAUUGCUUGGUUUC